AUGACCGCAGACCGCAAUCGGACGCACGGGGUUUUUGGCAUACCCUUGGCCUGGCGGGAGAAGUUUCGCUAUUCCAAUCUGUCUAAUAAAUCGAAGCGCAAGCAUUCACGAUGGAAAGAAGUCUUAUUCCCAUGCACACUGCCUGGGUCCAGAAAAGCCGAGGAAGGAAGUGACUGGAUCAAAGGGGUGGUCGUAUGCACCUGCAUCACCGGCCUGAUCCUCGCUAUCAACAUCAUCCUGACCAUUACGGCGACAGUCAUCGCCUAUCGGCGACAAAGCAAUCGAGGACAGUUCCAAAUGGCCGAAUUGUAUAAUGGACAAUGCGCGCGCUCCAGUCACUGGGCAACAGGACUCCACGUUGUGAUUAACGUGCUGAGCACAGUUCUUCUCGGAGCUAGCAACUAUGUCAUGCAGAGCCUGGGCGCACCGUCCCGGGCCGAUAUCGACCAGGCCCAUGCCAAGUCACGAUGGCUGGACAUUGGCACCGCCAGCUUUCGCAACUUUACAGUUAUGGACACCCGACGAAAGGUGUUAUGGGUGCUGCUUCUUAUUAGCUCGACUCCGAUCCAUAUGAUCUAUAACUCGGCAAUUUUCUCGUCAAUAUCGGAUUUAAGAUACGGCACUUUCAUGAUACCGAAUGAUCUGUCACCAAACGAGUCCUUGACUGGUGACACUACUAGCCAUGAGAUCUUUCUGUCCCACGUCGGCACCGAUGAAACAGCUACCCGAGCACAAAUUUUCAACGGAAGCUUUAUCAACGCGACGAAUGCGGAUUGCGUGUCCAAGUACAAUGUGGAAUACAAUACAAAGUAUGGCACGCUCGUCUUCGUGGCGGAUCGACAGCAUUUUCCCAACACCAGUAGUCUCAUGGUAUGGGGAUCCCACGCCUGGCCAGGGCCAUAUGGCGAGUCGAUAUACAACUACUUUAAGGAAAACUAUAUCCCCGUGGAUAACUGGACAAUGCAAACUCGGCACUGGAGCUACCGCGUGUGGAACUAUUCUGCACCUAAUCACAUACAGGACGAUUUUUAUGACAAAACUGAUGCGCUCUAUCGUCCGAUGUCCUCGUUUAACUUUCGCGAUGAUACAAGGCUGGGGAUGUAUGGCAGCUACAGCAAUACAGAUGACCUUCUAACCCUGGCGAACUAUAAUUUUGCCUAUAAUCCGUCUCGCGACGCCCUGCGCGAAUACUUGGACAAUCCUGCUCACUGGACGAACAGCUCUUGGGCAGCCAAUGUAACCUUUGAGCUGAUCGGCAAUGGCUCCAUAAAUUUGAAUGUUGGAUUCGAUCAUCCUGCUCGACACGUUCCUACGUCUCACUGUCUGAUCAAAGAGGCGGAAGAACACUGCCAGUUGUUUUUCAGUCCCCCGAUCGCGAUAGUAGUCAUCAUCUGCAAUGCUACCAAAGUCAUCUGCAUGCUGUUGACCACCCGAGGUAAGCGCAGGGAUCUUAUGUUGACAGUGGGAGAUGCGCUGUCCUCAUUCCUUACACGCCCUGAUUCAACUACCCGUGGCCGAUGUCUCCUCUCGUACGCGGAGAUGACUCGGGGGGCUCAAGCCUGGAGCCUGCCUGCUAUCGCAUCCGGCCAAUCGAAAGGCUACACAGUACAGCAGCAGGCCGCGAGCCCAACGACGCUCCCGCUGAAGGACUAUUCAACAUCUACGCAAGCAAUCCAUGAAGUCUAUCCCGGCCUUCUUCCUCGCCGCAAAAGAUGGUAUCAAGCAGCCAGCUGGACACGCUGGGCGACAGUCCUGUUCUUCUGCAUCUGCUCCAUAGUCGCAACCAUAUACCUUUUCGUCCUCACCAUUCCCUCUGGAAGCACCUUUGAGUCCGCCAUGAGCCUCGGCUUCGGAAAAACCAGCGGAGACAACAUGAUCGGGCGCCUUUCCAGCGACAUGAUAGCCCUCGUGCUUCUCGCCAACACCCCACAGAUCCUGUUAUCGGUUCUCUACUUCGUCAUCAACAGCAUCCUCACCUGCAUGCUCGUCGCCGCCGAAUGGGACCGGUACGCGCGCCACCGCCGCCCGCUGCGCGUUUCCUGGCCGCGCGGCCAGCAACGCUCAACUUAUUACCUUAGUCUACCCUACCGGUACAGCCUCCCUCUUCUUGCGCUGUCUGCCACACUGCACUGGCUGGUAUCGCAGAGCAUCUUCUUCGUUAAUAUCAGGACAUACUUCCCGGACGGGAGAGAAGAUGAGGAGAGUUCAUCUCGGGGAUGUUGCUAUUCUCCGAUGGCGAUGUUCAUUGCUCUCUGGAUGGGGAUUUUCGCUCUGGGUCUGUUAUUGGGGACAGGGGCUCGACGGUUCGAGUCGCAUAUGCCGCUGGCGACGCAUUGUAGUGCAGCAAUUAGCGCGGCGUGUCAUCCACCAGAAGGGGACGCGGGAGCUGCGGAGAAGCCCGUCAUCUGGGGUGAGAUCCCUCGGGGGGAGGAAGAGCAGAUGACAGAGUAUACAGGCGCAGGGACGGAGGAUGAGUCGGUGUAUGCCCACUGUUCGUUCACGUCUUUGGAUGUUGUGGAGCCUAGCUUGGGGCGGAUGUACUGCUAG